CUCCUCUUCUCUCUGCCCCUUCUUCCUCUCCUCCUCUUUUUUUUUCCCUUACUCCUACUCUUGUUCUUCCCAGCCUCCCCUCGUCGUCGCUUGUCCCGCUCUUCAUCCUCACCUUCUCGCGUUGAGCGUCAAGCGUCAAGCGUCAUCGCACGCAUUGUCUCGCUGCUAUCGCUGCAUGCCAGACCUCGCUUCCACUUUGCGUGCAUCCGUCUUGUCUCUCGGCCUAGGCUUUUAGUUCCUGCUCCUUUUGGCUUUGGCUGACGCUGCCACUGCCAUUUCACAGCACAUCCGAGUCACGCUUCCGGGUGUCGGUCCUGAAACACAACCAAACCAAUCCAUCACCCUUUACCCUCCACCGUCUUUUCGCCGCUACAUCGCAUCCUCUUCCUUACUCCUGCGACUCUCCUUCCUACAACAAGCUGCUACCAUACCCUCCUGCCUCCUUUGGUUCCAUUAAACCAAACGAUUGCCUUCGGAAAGACCGCGACCAAGAAAAAACAAUAAGCCUUGCAACGCUUCCCAUCGUACCUCCGACCCUCGCACCGUACGAGACUACUACCGAUACCAUCGAAUCGAGACGAGUCCGCUCACGCACGAUCCGGUCCAAUCCAACCCAAUUCUCAUACACACCCACACAACAAUAUCGCCACCCUCGAGCGACCCCAACCCCAAACCUCGAUUUCUUUCUCCUCAUUUUGCUCUUCACUCGGCACACCUCGAGAUCCAUCAUCUGCCCAUCGACCUGUCGAGCGAGCACGAAUCAACAUACUCCUUCUUUCAAACCUGUCAAAGGGGCCACCCAAGCUGGAAGGGAUUUGUCACAUUAGCACCUUCCCACGGCUGCACUGCCUGGCCCCAUUCGACUUGAAUAACCCUUGAAUCCAUCUCGUCGUCUUACCCGUCAUUCAAGAUGAGAGAAGUCAAUUUCAGUAUCCCAAACGUCAACAAGGCGUCGGUCGGCAUAACGACCGCCCUCUAUGACAGACGAGCUCUCGACUGCACGUCUACCCUUCCUCUCAUCAACUCUCUCAACCAUCUCGCCUACCUCACCACAUCCUCGGCUCGCAUCCGCGAUAUUCUUACCGUCGACGGCGGCAUCGAGCGCUUGGUAUGCAUUCUAAAACGCGGUCGGAGCAAGGACAUGAUGGAUAUGUGGAAGUGGAACUUGGCCUUCCAGUGCGUCGUCAACAUUGGUGUCAGGGGCACUGAAAACGUCCGCACCAGGGUUGUCGAGGCCGACAUGGUCCCCGUCAUUGCUACCAUUCUCGAUAACUACAUUAAAGUCACUGAGAAGUGCAGAGACAAGUCGGACGAUAAGAGCAAGGACCAUCAUCACCGUCACAGGAGCCACGAACACCGCAGUGUACACAAGGCUCCGUCCUUCACCAACAGAUCCACCCGAACAGAAGUUGAUCAGAGAGCCUCCAGACGCCAGGCCCCUCCUCCUUCCAUUGACGUUUCUGCUACCUACGCAGGCUCCUCGUCCUCGAGCUCCGCAGUCGAUCAACAAAACACCGAGUCCACACCCACUCCACCCCAGUAUCCGCUGGCGUCCUCCGCCGAGCGACCUGCGUUCCCUGCGCACCGUCACCAUCAUCAUCAUCACCACCAUCAUUAUCGUGCCGCCGAGGCUCGCCAUGCCGUUGCAUCUCCUUCUCGACAGGUCGUUCAGCCGUUGGCACCCGCCGUACCUGCCACUGAAACCAUGGAGGGCUUUGUCAGGCCUGUACGCGAUGCUGAUCGCCUUGCGUCGAUGAUGACUUUUGGCAACGCAAAUUUGGUCUCGCAGCCUUCUUCCCCCACAACUCCUCUGCCGCCUCCGCAGAUGCGCUCUCCCACCGUCCGGCCUACUUCGGGACUUGCACCAACAAAUCGCUCCCGUCGCCGUCCUUCCAUCCGUCACCAGAACUCCACUGUCGACUCGGAUGACUUGGUUGGAGAUGACGCGCCAUCCGAUGAGUCCCCGGAUGCUGAAAUGUCGGGCACUGGCACUGAGAUUCAGUCUGCCGUAAAUAUCCAAGAUAUCACCAUGGAAGAGGGAGACAGCAUCCUGGCUGGUUCUACCACAAUGGACCUGAACACCCCGACUGUGUCAGAAACUCAGGAUACUGGAGCCUUCAACAUCACACACCGUGGCCCUGUGGAGACUAGCAACACAGCUGCUACGACGCCAGCCCCUGUGCCUGCCAUCGGUUUGUCACCGAACCGUCCCACCAUGGUUACGCCUCCUCAGCCGGCCAUUCCCAACGCAAGCGUUCCCCGGUAUCUCCUUGACCGACAAUUUGUACCCAACGCCCAGAUGCUUGCCGCCAUGCCGCGUGAAGAAGACGUCUUGAUGUCCCUUCAGUUGCUUGCAUACGUUUCCAAGUACUGUGGCUUGCGGUCGUAUUUCCAAAAGAGCCAUUUGGUCCCUAGGCUCAAGAUUGGAAAGGAACUCCGCUACUUGGACGGCGAGGACGCUCCCAAAGAGCAGAUUGAAGAGGAGGAGCUGGACGAGGAGUUUUUGUUGCCCAACGAUUUCAACAUUUUCCCCCUGGUCGAGAAGUUCACAGUCCGACAUCACAGCACAGAUAUGCAAUACUGGGCUGGCGUCGUCAUGAGAAACCUGUGCCGCAAGGACGAUACCCGCGGAGGCAUCCGUCAGUGUGCGUACUACCAGUGCGGCAAGUGGGAAGAGUUUACCCGCCAAUUCGCCAAGUGUCGCCGCUGCCGCCGCACCAAGUACUGCAGCAAGGAGUGUCAAAAGAGUGCAUGGGCUUUCCAUCGCCACUGGUGUGUGGCCGCGACGCAGUGAUCCAUGCCACUUAGUGCUCCCCAACGUUCGACUAUACCCCGGAAAGCGCCUUCGGAGGCGCGAUGUUUAUAAUACGGAUUCCUUGCCGCCCGCAGGUGGCACAGCAUUGCACAGCACAGCGUUUUUUCCAAAUGCAUGGCGUUUCCCUCGAUACCACUGGUCUUUCAGCAGCAUAUUCAGGUUCGGCAUUGGGUGCUUGCCAUUCAUGGCGACGGCAUGGCUCCCCUUUAUUACAGGACGAUAUAUCCUCAGUUUUUCCUCAGCCUCACCUGGCCUCCACAAAAAGGACUGCCCAAGUCCUCGGCAAGGCACUAUUCCCUCGACUGUAUCUAUACCUUCACCACGGUGUCCGAGAUUGAGGGGCUUCAAUCUGCCAAUGUCGACCGUUUUCCAGCAACGAUCAACAUGGAACAGCAGUUGGCCACUCGGGAAGAUUUGGACGGUAGCACACGCAUCCGACAAAUCGUCGAAGGCGGCAUACGUAACACUCAAAACUACCGAAAUUGUGUCCCGCAGAACUCUCAUUGCAGCAUGGAGACGGUCUUUAUGUCACGGAUUUACAUUUUCUUGGUCUUGGGUUGAUGGGCUGGCGAAGCCCGCAGCGGAAGGAUGGAGAUGACGGUUACAUUGGCGGCUCACUUGGAUUGAGAGAAUGCAUAGGCCGCCCAAGAUGGAUGGCAGAAUAGUAUCCUCCAGGGUCCUUGUGCCAAUUCCUCUGAAAUAGGAUAGCACGAGCAGACGGGAAAGCUUUGCGCAAUGCUCCAGGAGUACAUAUUCCGAGUAGCAAGCGAGGACGAUGUACGUAUUGUUAUGAGAGAUCAACCACUAUAAUGUCAGAAUUUAUGCGG